AUGGCAAGUGUUCGGGUCCUCUCAUCGUUAUCAUCAUCGGUUUCAUCGCCAGUGGCCAUCUUUUUGGCAUUGAAUGUUAUUUUUGUUAAUGUAGUGUUAAGUGUUGAUUAUUGCUCGAUACAGAAAGAAAAGUGUAACAAUAAACCGCACAUCGGAUGUUCAAAGAAAUCUACUUUUCAGUUUAAUAAUGAAUGCUACGACAUGGAAGUGAUUCCGAUGACACAAGGCAUGAAAGAUGCUGUCGUUAAUAGACAUAAUCAACUGAGGAAUAAACUUGCAGCGGGAAAGACACCUAAAUAUCCAUCAGCUAGCAGAAUGAAGGAAAUUUUCUGGGAUGAUGAACUCGAAUCUGUGGCCUGCCAACAUGUCAAGUGGUGUCAAUUUGAUCAUGAUUCGUGUCGGGCAACGCGUCAUUACGACAAUCCCGGGCAGAAUUUGAGAAAAAGUUCGGACUAUGUGCAUGUUGACCCGGAUCACGAACAAAUUCUCGUCGAAACAACGGAUGACUGGUUUAACGAGUAUUCGAAUGUGGCAUCAGAUAUCGUCGACAAGUAUUCGAGCGGAAGAAGUUGGAAACUUUAUGGGCAUUUUACGGUUAUGUCUCGCGAUGUACAAGAUCGCAUGGGUUGCUGCAUGGUGCAGUAUUUGCAUUACGAACGGAAUUAUUGGUGGAGAAAUACCUUGGUAACCUGCAAUUACCGAGAAACAAACUUCAUCUCUGAGCCCGUGUACAUUCGAGGCCCUCCAACGAGUGAUUGCCGUAGCUGGGGUCCCGACUACAAACCAAGUGUUAGAUAUCCCUUCUUAUGUACCAACGUGCGCUAA